CAGGAAUUUAUACUGCCCUACAUUCUUAAUCCUACAUUUUAUAUUUUUCUCAAAGUACUUUCUCCCAUUGCUUAUUUUCCAUUCUUAUAACUCUCUCUGUGUGUGUUUUUUCUUUCGGGCUUUCGGUUUUAGCAGAAAUGGCAGCAACUUCCAUAGCGAUGUCAUCUGCUACAUUCACCAGUGCAUCAUCCGUUGUGACCGCUGGUCGCCAGGGAAGAAAGAGAAAUGUGGUAAAAGUAGAAGGUUUGAAUUCCUUUGGAGGGUUGAAAGCACACAACAGUGUAGCUUCUUUAGGGCUUCCAGUGUGCACUGAGAAGUCAUUUGCAAAUGUUGUGAGUUCCCUGAGAACUGGAUCCAAGGGAAAAGGAGGAGCACUUUCUUCUACCUGCAAUGCAGCAGCUGAAAUAUUUCAAAUUUCUUCAGUUAUGUGCGGUUUGACUCUAGUUGGUGUUGCGGUAGGAUUCGUUCUUCUGCGAGUGGAAGCCUUUGUUGAAGAAGCUGAAUAGAGAAAAUUCAGAACACAAAAAUGCUGUUUCUUAUUAUCAUCACUGUUUUCUUCUUCUUCAUGUUGUAAUACUGCAUUUAUUUAAUUUGCCUGUAAAAGGAUGAUUUUACGGUAAUUGGUUGUAUUCAAUAACUUGAAAUUUACUCCGGAGAGAACAAUUAUAUAUUUUCAUAAAGCACCAAAGCUUGCUAAA